GUCAAGGCCGUUUUAUGCUUGACUGCUUGUGGGGUUCGGACUCCAGAAUUUUCUUGUUUGACUGGGAAUCGACUGGUUGCUACCGGGCUGCUCCAAAGGGAGGAAGGCGAGGAGGCUCAAGUGGCUUAUGCACUGAGAGGGAGAGGAGCUUUCGCCAGACCCGCGAUCACGAUUAAAAAGCUAGCAAGCAUCGUUUUUUAAGGGGGAUGAACCAGACACGGAAAAAGCCUGUGCUCAUAUAUUUUUUCGAGAAAAAACCAAAAUGCAUCAUCAUUGCAUUCUCGUAGAAAGUAGAAGUAACUGCCGCAGAAAAUCAGCUCUUUUUUCUGAACAAAACCUGCUCUGCUUCCUCAUUUUUACCCCUCAACACUCCAGCCCUUUCUCUCUUCUCCAAUCAUCACUUCUCAAGUUAUUCAGAAAAUGGUUCCGUGUCUGUCAAAACCAAGGGCCAUGUUCCCUGCAACACCAUCUCCUCUGGGUACCUUCGUUCUGGUUCUUAUCCUCUGUAUUGUGGGCUUUUACACCGUGAAUCAGCCUCACUCUUUUCCGCCAUCUUUCACUUCCCAUAAUGCGUCUUACUUCCGCCAUAUGUUCCUCUCCUCUUCCUCUAACUCCACCAUCGCCUCCUACCUUCGUGACCUCACCCAGCACCCGCACCUUGCCGGAACAAAACUCGGCUCCGACACCGCCCGUUAUGUUCUCAACCAUUUCAGGGACCUGGGCCUGCAGACCCACACUGCGAAGUACGAAGCCCUCCUCUCUUAUCCACUGCACUCCUCCCUCUCCGCGCAUUUUAGCGACGGGUCCUGCUCGGAGUUUCUCUUAGGUGAAAUGGUUCAGACCAAUCAGGCUGACCCAGACGUGGUGCCACCUUACCAUGCUUACUCGCCAUCUGGUUCGGCGUAUGCGAAGGCGGCUUUCGUGAAUUAUGGGAGGGACGAGGAUUACCGUGCUCUAGGGAUGCUAGGAGUGAACGUUAGCGGAUGCAUAGUGAUGGCGAGGAAAGGUGGCGGUUUGACCCGAGGAGCGGUGGUGGAGAAGGCGGAGGCGUACGGUGCGGUGGCGGUGCUAAUAUAUGCCGAUAGGGACGGGUUUGGUAAAGGGUUCGAGAGAGGACACGUCCUGAGAGGCAUAGGGGACCCGCUUACCCCUGGGUGGGCUGGGGUUGAUGGCGGCGAGAGCUUGGAUUUGGAAGAUAGUGAGGUUUUGAAAAGGUUUCCCAAAAUUCCAUCCAUGCCCCUUUCCACUGAGAUCGCUGAGACCAUUUUGCACUCGCUAGUAGGUACUGAGCUGCCACAGGAAUGGAAGAGCUCGCUAGGGUCCAAUGUCAGACUCACGCAUGUUGGUCCUGGCCCGACAAUGCUUAAUUUCACGUACCAGGGGGAAAAGAAGGUGGCUACCAUUGAAAAUGUUUUUGCUGUCAUAAAGGGAUCAGAAGAAUCUGAUCGUUUUGUGCUCCUGGGGAACCAUCGUGACGCCUGGACAUAUGGUGCUGUAGAUCCCAGCAGUGGGACUGCAGCUCUACUUGACAUUGCUCGGCGGUUUUCUCUUCUAUUGCACAGUGGGUGGACCCCUCGGAGGACGGUUAUCCUCUGCAGUUGGGAUGCUGAGGAAUUUGGGAUGAUUGGGUCCACCGAGUGGGUGGAGCAAAACCUUGUCAAUCUGGGUUCCCAAGCAGUUGCAUACCUCAAUGUUGACUGUGCUGUCCAAGGUCCUGGUUUCUUCGCUGGCGCUACUCCUCAACUAGAUGAUCUCAUUCUUGAGGUCACAGAAAAGGUCAAGGAUCCUGAUGCUGAGGGUGCAGUGCUGUAUGAAAAUUGGGCAGCUGAUGGAAAUUCUAAUAUUUUGAGGCUCAGCGGACUGGACUCUGAUUUUGCACCAUUUGUGCAACAUGCCGGUGUUCCCUCUGUUGAUUUGUAUUAUGGAAAAGAUUUUCCUGUCUAUCACACUGCUUUUGACUCCUACGACUGGAUGACACAGUAUGGAGAUCCAUUCUUUCAGCGGCAUGUAGCUGUUGCUGGAGUUUGGGGACUUCUGGCGCUUCACCUGGCUGAUGAUCCUAUUCUUCCGUUUAAUUACCAUUCUUACGUAGAUCAGUUACAGGCGUACAGGAACAGACUGCGCAACUUUUUAGACCAAUCAAUCUCUUUGCAACCGUUAACUAGUUCGAUACAGGAUUUUGCAUCAGCUGUCAAAGAAUUUGAUGAGGAAUUAAAUGCAGCGAGAUUGCAAGAAGCCGUUGAUUGUUUUGUGCAUUCAAAAAGGCGAGCAUUGAAUGAUAGACUAAUGCUGGCCGAAAAAGGCUUCCUGGAUCCUCAUGGACUUAGAGAAAGGAAUUGGUUCAAGCAUCUUGUUUUUGGGCCUCCAAGCGACCAUGAAAGCAAGAUGGAUUUCUUCCCCGGAGUCGCUGAUUCUAUUGCUUGGUCAGCCACAAGUAGUGAAAAAGAAGGGCGGGCAGCGAUCCGACAUGAGAUCUGGAAGGUUGCCAGAGCCAUAAAAAAAGCUGCUUCAGCACUGAGGGGAGAGUUCAUGUAAAAUAUAAUAGGAAAACUCAUGAAGAUGGCAAGCUUCAAGUAUGUAUGGGUUUUCCCUUUCUUUGCUGGCCACCGAAUGGGUUAACCUGAAGUUUUGUUUUACCUUUUUCGCUUUUCUCCCCCCCCCCCCGGUUGAAAGGUAAAUGCGUGUAGUUAGCCUAACCCUCUUGUCAUAAUCAGCUGUUUGUUUUGAAAAAA